GCGUACUCGGACAUGCAACAACGAAGUCCUCUUCUGACGCAGUGGGAAUCUACAUUGAUCAUCUAUUUCCUUGGCGAUCUCUCUGCGCAAACCGUUCAAACCAAUGUCUUUACAGAAGGCAGAUAUGAACCAAAACGCGGCCUGAUAGCUCUCAUAAUCGGCGGCAUUGUCAGCAUUCCUUCUUAUAAAUGGUUCCUCUGGCUAGGACGCAACUUCAACUACGCGCAACAUUGGAAGAGCUUGGCUGCGAAAAUUGUGGUGUCUCAAAUGUGCUUCACCCCGAUCUUCAACACGUACUUCUUUGGAAUGCAGACGAUCUUGUCGGGUGGAAGUUUCAAAGAGGCAAAGGACAGAGUGAUCAGGACUGUGCCUGUGAGCUGGAAGAAUAGCUGGAAAAUCUGGCCUUUGGUCACGGCGUUUACGUUCACGUUCAUUAAGCCUGUGAAUAGGAACGUCUUCGCAGGCUUCAUCGCGAUCGGCUGGCAAACAUACCUCAGCUGGUUGAAUCGAGUGGCAGAGGCCGAGGCG